AUGUCCUUGGCAACAGAUCGAAAAGCUGAAUUAGAACAAAAGAAGGAGAGACUGCGAGCGCUCCGGGAGGAGAAAUUUCGAAGAGAGGAACUCAGACGCCAGGGUCUUAGCGGAUUUAGUAGUACACCAUCUUCAACAGCUGAUCUUCAUGGUGAAGCUGAUGCCCUCUUAAAAAAUCUCGGCAUUGGUCCUCUUAAUGAACCGGAUGUGUCCGAUAUAAGCAUGGUUUCGCUUGUUCCAAACGAAGAAGCCACAAAACCUGUUCCUAUAACAAAACGCCCAAAGAAAUUACAAUAUUGUCUCGUGUCAGAGUUUGAUGUUCAGCCACAUCCUCGUGAUAGUUACGCCAAGGAAACUCAAACUAUUGCAAUUAACAUCAAUCCUGAUGCGGGUACCAUGGAUUAUUAUGUUCUCACCUACGAUGAUUCCCCAGCCGAACACGAUGGUCAUUUGGUUGGCACCCCUUCGGAGGAUGAACGAGUUGACGCUAAGAUGUUGAAAAGUGUGCAUGGCGAGAUUCCCAAGCAGAGUGCUCCCAUUCCCAAGGAGGAAUUAGAGGAGUCUGUCCUUGUGGAGCUAACCGAGGAACAGAAACAGCAGAUGCUUCUCUCAGAAGGUUUUCGUAGUUUCUUUGAUCGUUCCUCCCGCAUUGUUGAAAGAGCCCUCUGUGAAAAGAGUCAAUUCUAUCAGAGUGACUUGGAAAGCAGUCCUCAGACUGGAGAAUCACGAGAAAAUCUACUGCCGCACGUUUUGGAUCUCUAUUCAGAGCGUUGGAGCAGCAAACGCACUGUAGUGGAUCUUGAUUGGUCGCCAGUUUUCCCUGAACUUCUACUAGCCGCCUAUAGCGCCAAUGAAGAGACGAAUCAAGAGCCGGCUGGUUGCUGUAUGGUCUGGAACCUCAAGUUUCCCACUCGUGGUUCGCCUGAAUUUCGCUUCCAUUGUAAUGAACCAAUCACUGCUGCAGCUAUGGUGCGCUUUCAUCCCAACUUAGUGAUUGGUGGAACUUAUUCGGGGCAGGUCGUGCUUUGGGAUAGCCGUUCCAAUAAGCGGACACCGGUGCAGCGAAGUACAUUCACAGCAGUCGCUCAUACGCAGCCGGUCAACUCGGUUCAAGUGAUCGGGUCUCAGAAUGCUCAUAAUGCAAUAACACUGAGUUCUGAUGGAACAAUGUGCUCAUGGAGUCUGGAUAUGUUGGGUGCUCCAAGGGAACAUAUUCGUCUCUGCGAAAACCCUGAUAUUCCCCCAGGGAUCUUUGAUCUCUAUUCCACAUGCAUGGCUUUCUUCGCUGGCGAUCAGAAUAAUUUUGUGGUUGGCACUGAGAGUGGUAACAUCUACACCGACCAACGCCAUUCCAGCCGUACUGCUGAUGGUCAUGGGGGUAGUGGCGGUCGUCGACUUCAAUCCUACCGUGGUCAUUCCACAGUAGUGAGUGGAAUUGCAACACAUCCAUCAUCCUGCGCUAUAUCCUUCUCUCACAUCUUCCUGUCCUCUUCACUCGAUUGGACAGUUCGAUUGUGGUCGGUGCGUGAUCACCAUACACCACUGCACACCUUUGACGACUAUUCUGAGUGCGUUUACGGUGUUGAUUGGAGUCCCAUCCAUCCUGCUCUCUUUGCGGCUUGUGAUGGCACUGGCCGCCUAGACAUAUGGAAUCUUAAUGACGACAUUGAGGUCCCAACUGCUCAGUGGAUAAACAAGAAACACUGGGCCAUGAAUAAGGUGAAAUGGGAUAUCACAGGUCAACAUAUCGCUGCUGGAGAUGAUGAAGGCCAUGUGCAUGUUUGUGCAGUUGCGAGUCAAUUAGCGGUGCCGGGUCCAGAGGACGCAACGCGAUUGGCUCAUGUAUUUUCAAAUCUCAAAGCCACUUCUACUAAUCAAAACGGUUUUUUCUAA